UGUAACAGAAGACUAAAAUGGAUAGAAAACAAGUUUCUUAUAUUUCACUAAAAUCGAUAAAUAUUUAUUGCAUAAACUUGCAAUGUUUUAUACAAAGCCGCCAACUGCUCUGGUAUUUUAUUUGAAGAAGAAAUCAGACCACUUUAGUUAACUCGGAAUAAGAUUCGUUGCUGGUUCUGCUCAUACUCUAUAUUGCAAUAAUGACUUCGGAGGUAGCGUCGAGUGUGGAUGGAACAAACCUCGAAAGACAUGACGCUGAGGCUCACGUCACAACGUCAUUCAUGAACGCUAUGAAAUCCAAAAGGCGAUCAGUAAGUUUAAGUAACACGGACAUCUCGAGUGUCAGCGGGUGUACGGCGGGAAGAGGAUCCACUAAAGAGACGUUGAAUACCAAAGAAUCACCAUGUUGGGUCUCGACAGCCUCCUCCGACAAGACAUGUAGUACCAAAAAUCCAUUACUGCGCAGGCGCAGUACUUUGAAAGGAAUAGCGACAAGCAUCACGGGAAUGCUAAAACUGCGGAGACUUACAGUUCCUUCUGUUCCUUCUGUCGUGAAACCAAAAAUUAAUCUAGAAAACACAUAUAAAAUGUCACCAGACGUUGGUAAUCAUAUUGCACCAUCUAAAAUUGAACAAGCUGCAGAACAGAUCUUAAAAGACGAAAUUGGCAGCAGAGAAUACAACAGCUAUUUGGCAGGAGACAUGGCUUGCACUAUAUCCGCAAAGAUCAAAAGUAAAGUAAAAGAAAUGAACUUUCCGCGUUACAGGAUUAUAUGUCAGGUAAUUAUCACAGAGGUGAAGGACCAAGGUAUCGAGGCUGCAAGCAGAUGUCUAUGGGAUGCCAACUGCGACAAUUACACCACCGUGUACUACAAGAAUGAAUCAAUCGCGGCUAUAGCUAUGCUUUAUGGCGUGUAUUUUGAGUGACACUUUAUAUUCGUGAAAAUCGUGGCUAAUAGUUACUGUUGUACGACUUGUCAUCAUAGCAACUCGUUUCCAGGUAAUGCGAAAAAGCCUAGAUGUUUACUUAUAUAGGUUAAAUGUUUAUUAGAAAACAACAACAAAAACCAAAAUUCGUGCCGCUAUCGCGGUAACAGGCAUCGAUAUAUUUUAACAUUUCAUAUAGAAAACUGAUUUAUUUCGUCAUUUCAACAGCAUGUCUGACUAUUUACCGGAUUCAAGUUAUUGUUUGGGUUAUUUAUUAGAAAACUUUGCAAUAUCUUUCCAAAAUACAUUUUAACAAAUUCCGAUAAGACAUUGACUUAAAAAAAGCAGCGAACGACGAAGAAUGAAACAAUUGUGCGGAAAGACAAUGGAUAUGAUUUCCUCAUUUCCUACUCUUUUCCGACAGUCUUUAAUGACAUCAGUCGUAACACAUUUAAAUAUACUGUCUUUGGUAUAUACACAACAUGUAACUUUAAUGGCUUAUAAUGCCUUUGUGGCGACAACAAUUUUUGUAAUGUACAUAAAAUAUGGCUAUUUCUUGUUAAAUCCUAUUUUCUUUAUAAUUGUGACCCCAUCUAUUUGCCAAAGGUCCGAGUACAAAUAAACAUGGAAGAAAUAA